GCCGAUGGAGCGCGCGGCGCUGCUGGCCGUCGCCCUGUGGCUGUGCGUGGAGAGCCAGGCUACCUCUCUGGGUUUGCUGAGUCUUCCGCCUGCCCCGCCCCGGCUCAGCACACAAAAAGACAUUCUCACAAUUAUGGCUAAUACAACACUUCAAAUUACUUGCAGGGGACAGAGGGACCUGGACUGGCACUGGCCCAACAACCAGAGUGGGUCUGAGGAAAGGGUGCAGGUGACUGAAUGCAGCGAUGACGUCUUCUGUAAGACACUGACGAUUCCUAAAGUGGUUGGCAAUGACACCGGAGCCUACAAGUGCUUCUACCGGGACACGGAUGUCGCCGCAGUGGUGUAUGUCUACAUCCAAGAUUACAGGUCUCCAUUCAUUGCUUCUGUUAACGACGAGCAUGGGGUCAUCGUCACGGAGAACAAAAACAAAACUGUGGUCGUUCCAUGUCUUGGGUCCAUCUCAAACCUGAACGUGUCACUUUGUGCUAAGUACCCGGAAAAGAGGUUUUUCCCCGAUGGACACAGAAUUUUCUGGGACAGCAAGAAAGGCUUCACUAUCCCCAGUUCUAUGAUCAGCUUUGCUGGCAUGGUUUUCUGUGAAGCCAAAAUUAAUGAGGAAACCUACCAGUCUAUCAUAUACAUAGUGGCGGUCUUAGGGUCCAAGAUUUAUGAUGUUGUUCUCAGUCCCCCGCAUGGAGUUGAGCUGUCUGUUGGAGAGAAGCUUGCCCUCAAUUGUACAGUCAGGACCGAACUGAACGUGGCGAUUGAGUUCAAGUGGGAACAUCCUCACUUGAAGCAUAGGAAACAUCUGAAACGGGACUCAAAACCUCAGUUUGAGAAUCAGAUGAAGAAAUUUGUGAGCACCCUGACCCUAGACAGUGUCACCCGGAGUGAUCAAGGCUGGUACAGCUGUGCAGCAUCCAGCGGGCUGAUGACCAAAAAGAACAGCACAUUUGUCAGGGUCCACGAAAAACCGUUUGUUGCUUUUCUCAGCGGCAUGGAGUCUCUGGUAGAAGCCACAGUGGGAGAGCGAGUCCGGAUCCCCGUGAAGUCUCUAGGUUACCCACCCCCUGAAAUAACAUGGUAUAAAAAUGGAAGGCUCCUUGAGUCCAAUCACACAAUCAAAGUGGGGCAUGUGUUGACGAUGAUGGAAGUGAGUGAAAAAGAUACGGGCAAUUACACUGUCAUUCUCACCAAUCCCGUGUCAAAGGAGAAGCAGAGCCACAUGGUAUCUCUGGUUGUGAACGUCCCACCCCAGAUUGGUGAGAAAUCCUUAGUCUCUCCUAUGGAUUACUACCAGUACGGCACCCUGCAGAUGCUGACGUGCACAGUCUACGCCGUUCCUCCCCCGCGCCACGUCCAGUGGUAUUGGCAGUUGGAGGAAGAAUGCACCUCCAACCACACUCAAGCUGCUGUAAUGACAAAGCCAUAUGCUUGUAAAGAAUGGAGAAACGUGGAGGACUUCCAGGGGGGAAAUAAAAUCGAAGUCACCAAAAACCAGUUUGCUCUAAUUGACGGAAAAAACAAAACUGUAAGCACCCUUGUUAUCCAAGCGGCCAACGUGUCAGCUUUGUACAAAUGCGAAGCCAGCAACAAAGCCGGGCUGGGAGAGAGGGUCAUCUCCUUCCACGUGACCAGGGGUCCCGAAAUUACUUUGCAACCUGGUGCCCAACCAACCGAGCAGGAGAGCGUGUCUUUGUGGUGCUCUGCAGAUAGAACGACGUUUGAGAACCUCACAUGGUACAGGCUUGGCCUGCAGGCCCUGCCCGUCCAAGUGGGAGCGUUGCCCACGUCGGUUUGCAAGAACUUGGAUGCUCUUUGGAAAAUGAAUGCCACCAUAUUCUCUAACAGCACAAGUGACAUUUUGAUCUUGGAGCUCCAGAAUGUAUCCUUGAAGGAUCAAGGGGACUACAUCUGCUUUGCACAGGACAGAAAGACCAAGAAAAGACAUUGUGUGGUCAAACAGCUCAUGGUCCUAGAACGGAUAGCACCUAUGAUCCCGGGAAACUUGGAGAAUCAGACGACAAGUAUUGGGGAAACCAUUGAAGUUUCAUGCACAGCGUCUGGGAAUCCUCCGCCGCAGAUUACCUGGUUUAAAGAUAACGAAACGCUUGUAGAAGACUCAGGCAUCGUACUGAAGGAUGGGAACCAGAACCUGACCAUCCGCAGGGUCCGGAAGGAGGACGAAGGGCUGUAUACCUGCCAGGCCUGCAACCCCCUUGGUUGUGCAAAAGCAGAGGCCUUUUUCAUCAUAGAAGGUGCCCAGGAAAAGACAAACCUGGAAGUCAUUAUCCUAGUAGGCACUGCGGUGAUUGCCAUGUUCUUCUGGCUGCUGCUUGUCAUCGUUCUAAGGACCGUUAAACGGGCCAAUGGAGGGGAACUGAAGACAGGCUACUUGUCCAUUGUCAUGGAUCCAGAUGAGCUCCCCCUAGAUGAGCGCUGUGAGCGCCUGCCUUAUGAUGCCAGCAAGUGGGAGUUUCCCAGAGACCGGCUGAAACUAGGCAAGCCUCUAGGCCGGGGUGCCUUUGGCCAAGUGAUGGAAGCCGAUGCCUUUGGAAUCGACAAGACGACGACUUGUAAGACAGUGGCUGUCAAAAUGUUGAAAGAAGGAGCAACGCACAGUGAACAUCGAGCCCUCAUGUCCGAACUCAAGAUCCUCAUCCAUAUAGGCCAUCAUCUCAACGUGGUCAACCUUCUGGGGGCCUGCACGAAGCCAGGAGGGCCACUCAUGGUGAUUGUGGAAUUCUGCAAGUUUGGCAACCUCUCAACCUACUUAAGGGGCAAGAGAAACGAAUUUGUCCCGUACAAGACCAAAGGAGCACGGUUCCGCCAGGGCAAAGACUACGUGGGGGAAAUCCCUGUGGACCUGAAACGCCGCUUGGACAGCAUCACCAGCAGCCAGAGCUCCGCCAGCUCAGGAUUUGUCGAGGAGAAAUCCCUCAGUGAUGUGGAGGAGGAGGAAGUUUCUGAAGAUGUGUACAAGAACUUCCUGACCUUGGAGCAUCUCAUCUGUUACAGCUUCCAGGUGGCUAAGGGCAUGGAGUUUUUGGCAUCACGGAAGUGCAUCCACAGGGACCUGGCCGCUCGGAAUAUCCUCCUGUCGGAGAAGAACGUGGUUAAAAUCUGUGACUUUGGCUUGGCUCGAGAUAUUUAUAAAGAUCCCGAUUAUGUCAGAAAAGGAGACGCUCGCCUCCCUUUGAAAUGGAUGGCCCCGGAAACAAUUUUUGACAGAGUGUACACGAUUCAGAGUGAUGUCUGGUCUUUCGGUGUUUUGCUCUGGGAAAUAUUUUCCUUAGGAGCUUCUCCUUACCCCGGGGUCAAGAUUGAUGAGGAGUUCUGUAGGCGACUGAAAGAAGGAACCAGGAUGAGGGCCCCCGAUUACACCACACCGGAAAUGUACCAGACCAUGCUUGACUGCUGGCAUGGGGAGCCUAAUCAGAGACCUACAUUUUCGGAGCUCGUGGAACAUUUGGGAAAUCUAUUGCAAGCUAAUGCCCAGCAGGAUGGCAAGGACUAUAUUGUCCUUCCAAUCUCCGAGAUUUUGAGCAUGGAAGAGGAUUCUGGACUCUCUCUGCCUACCUCACCUGUUUCCUGUAUGGAGGAAGAGGAAGUGUGUGACCCCAAAUUCCAUUAUGACAACACAGCAGGAAUCAGUCAAUAUCUACAGAACAGUAAGCGAAAGAGCCGGCCUGUGAGUGUCAAAACAUUCGAAGAUAUCCCGUUGGAAGAACCAGAAGUCAAAGUAAUCCCAGAUGACAACCAGACGGACAGUGGUAUGGUGCUGGCGUCAGAAGAGCUGAAAACUUUGGAAGACAGAACCAAAUUAGCUUCAUCCUUUAGUGGACUGCUGCCCAGCAAGAGCAAGGAGUCUGUGGUGUCUGAAGGCUCGAACCAGACGAGUGGCUACCAGUCCGGGUACCACUCAGACGACACAGACACGACUGUGUACUCCAGCGAGGAGGCCGAACUGUUAAAGCGGGUGGAGAUCGGGCCGCACACCGGCGGGCCCGUGCAGAUGCUCCUGUCGGGCUCUGGGACCACGCUCCUCGCUCCUCCCGUCUAGAGGGACCCGCUCCCACCCCACCCCACCCCUGUCGAUUGGAAAUCACAUGAGAGGUGCUGCUCAGAUUGUCCAGUGUUGUGCUGUCCACCCCCAGGAAGUAGCCACAUUUGAUUUUCAUUUCAGAAAGGACCUCAGACUACAGGGAGCCAGUCCCCCAAGCAUUUCCCUGAGAAGCUGUUGGUGACCCAAGAAUGUUGCUGGGUCUUUUCCCAGUGUUGAACGUACGCUCCUUUCCAUUCGUCCAAAAAGCAGUUAUGUUGCCCCAACCAUGGGCCUCAUCGUAGGUUCUACCAAAAGCCCAAGAAAUGGCUUCGUCCUCGAAGAAGUAGCCGUCAACCCAGGCAGCUCACACCCUGUCGAACAAGAAGGCAAACAAUGCAGGUACUUCAGGUGUUGACGAGGGGAAAGACCUGUAGAGCUUAGUGCAUCUGGGAAGCUACGAGUAAGAAACGGGUUCUACGCCCAGGUGUAACCGCAGAAUGGGGAGAGACAGCAACGGUGUCGGUCUGCUUUGCAUCUGGGGCCUGCUGAUGCGUCGUGGUAACCCUUGGUAGAGGUGACCAUGUGAUGGGUGAAGAAAGGUAAAGGCCUCCAACAAGGUUACUGCUCUUCCCAGCUUGCGUGCUCUUCCCAGUUGGGCUCAAUGAGAGUUCCUUGUGCCGUUUCCGACUCCUAAUGAGAGUUCCUUCCCGCCUUUACUUGCGUGUCUCCUGGCCGAGCCCCAGGAAGGAAAUGAUGCAGCUCUGGCUUCUUGUCUCCCAGGCCGGUCCUUUAUUCAGAAUGCCACAAUGAAAGGACAUUCAGACCCAGGCUCCCUGCUGUGUGGAUGAGUUCUGGCCGUCUGACCCACCUCUGGUUCCUUCUGGAUGCAUGCCCACAGAGCAGUUGGCAUCGUGAUGGGUCUGAGACUAGAUGCAGUAGGUUCAAUGUCGAAGCUGUGGUGUGGAAGCUUCAGGAAGGAGAGUCACCCUUUUGUUCCUCGUCCCCACCGCCACCUCGCCCCCACCCCUCCAGUGUUUAGUUGUU